AUAUGAUUAUAGGCAGCUAUAUGCUAUCCUCUGGUCUUCAAAAGACAUCAGUCUGCUAUUUUAUAUCCAGAGUAUGUAGCUCAAGAAACUCUUCUUAAAAGGGAAAAUUAAGGUAAUAAAUAGACUAGUAACAUCAGUAAGGAGAAUAUAGAUAGCUUCUUGUAAUCUGUGUUAAGUUACAUCUCUUAAUGAACUGUAUUUUGGUAUCAUUUGAGCGUCUAUGUAGCUGAGUCACUGGAAAGGUUUUUGGGGGUUUGUUUCUUAUUUGUUCUUCAGCCACUUUGAAUCUCCACCGAUGCAUGAAGUCCCAGAGCACCAAGGCAGCAGCGCAGACAGUUCGGCAAGCAGUUUGGGAAGCUCUAUCACAGCAUGUAAGAAGAUUCUCUGCAGUAACAGUCUACUAGAAUCAACAGACUACUGGCUGCAGAAUCAGAGGACACCAUGCCAAAUUGGCUUUCUGGAAGACAAGUCAGAAAGCAACUGUGCCUCAGUUUGUUUCGUGAAUUUAGAUGCAAACAGAGAUGACUGCAGUGAUGAGCAAGUGAAACAGAGGUUGAUCAGCGUCUCUCCAAAUCUCCCCAAACUCAUCAGUUCGAUGAAUGUACAGCCACCAAAGGAAAAUGAAAUAGUCCUACUGAGUGGAUUAGCAUCAGGAAACCUUCAGGCUGAAUAUGAAGUUCCCCAGUGUCCUUGGCUGGCAGAUGUCUGCUUGGUUCAGUGUGCGAGAGGGGACAGGAAAAACAGCGCAAGCUGCAUCAUUUUUGAAAUAAACAAAUUUCUGAUUGGGCUUGAGCUCGUUCAGGAGAGACAGCUGCAGAUAGAAGCUCAUGUCUUAAAACCUGAGGAUGACACAAACUGCUCAGUGUCCUCAAUAGAAGAAGAUUUCCUCACAGCAUCUGAGCACCUCGAGGAUGACAACGAGGCUGAUGAAUAUAAAACUGGUCAUGAAAAAUUAAGUGUUUCAGAAGCAUCUUCAGAUGCCAAAAAAAAUAAAGGAAAGGGAUUUGAAAAUCUCCACUACAGAAAAGCCAGGUUGCCAUUCAUUCUUGAAGGGAACCUCAUUAACAAAGAUAAUGCAGCUACUAGAAUCUCUGAAGCUGUGAAUGCUGUGGCUGAAGAUAGCAUCUUACAACCUGAAGAUAAGUCAAACCAGGAAACACUGCGGCAGAAGGAAUUAGAUGAAAGAGCUACUUCAUCUUUUAGUACUACUAAUUUGACGGCUGAGGUUGAAAAUUCCUCCUCAGCACAUGUAUUAGAUGACGUAUCUUUAACCAGAAUGGCUAAAGAGGAGGUGGGGUCUCAGUAUGACCCGACAGCAAAACACAGCAGUAAGACAGAUGGAGAGGAUUGUGCAGGUUUUGGGAAAACUGAUCCUCCCUCGCAAAACGAGCAGGCGACUACAGGUCAGUAUGCCACAAAUUUAGCAGAAUCUGUUCUGCAAGAUGCAUUCAUUAGACUGUCACAGUCUCAAGCCAGUUUUAGCGAGGAGACUGCAGUCAGCAUCUCCGUAGGAAGCUCCUGUAAGUCAGAAGAUUUAUCUAAUUCCCGAUCGUGGAGUGAACUUCCAAAGAUCGUCGUAGUGCAGAGUCCAGACAGUUCUGAGAAUGCAUCUGACUGGCCAGGGUCUGCCUUCCCCAACCUGUGCCAUUGGACUGAGUCAGAAAGUUCUGCGGAAGUUUUGGAUUACUUUGAGGAAGAACAUUCAAACAGACAUAGCCAGAGUGCACUGGAAGUAGCUCUGGCUUGUGCAGCCACUGUUAUUGGAACCAUUUCCAGUCCCCAGGCUGCAGAAAAAUUCAAAUGGGAUCAAGAAACCACAGACUCUAAAAGUGGAAUGGUUGAUAAUGACGAGAUACACGCAGCAUCUUCACAGCUACUUGACAACUGCACUGGAACAGAAUAUUCAUUUCCAUCUGCACUGUGUGGCAUGACUCAAGUAGCAAGUGCUGUAGCUGUCUGUGGUCUAGGGGAAACGAAGGAAGAGAAGUACCCUGCAACCUCGAGUGGACUUCUGUCUGCUGCUCAGACUUCUGCAGCCAUUACUCUCCACUGUAGCAUAGCUGUAGGAAGCAGCAUGGAAAAGCUAAAUGACAGCAUUGCAGAGGCACUUCUUAAAGAGACGUCAAUAAUUUUGACAAAACCCAACACAUACAAAAAUGUAGGGCAUUUUAUGGAAUCCAUAAAUGGAAAAAUUAUUGAAACAGCAGCAAGGCCACGGAUUCCACACACUGAUGAAGUAAUCAGGGAUGAACUUGCACAAAACUUAUCCAAUAUUAUUCUACGGCAUUCUAUUGAAGAGGUUAGGAAGAAGAGACAGCUACAUCCCUGUUCAGAAAAUGGCUCAAGUACACAAGACAUUUUCAUGGACACUGCAAACAAGUUGCUUUUUAAUGUAAUAUAUUUCACUUGCAAGAAGAUGAAUGACAUAAGACAAGUUGAAGAAUGUUCUCCUCUCUUUUCUGAGGGUACAAAAGCAGAGAAAGUAACAAGAGCAGAAGGAUGGUCAACACAGGCAACAGCACGUUCACACAGCUCCCUUGAUCACUCUGAUGUUAAACCAUUUGGUACAUCCUACAGCGCUAGUGCUAGCAAAGAUCUUGGAAAUGUCACAAAUACUAGGAAAAGUAAUAUGAAAGAUGUCAAUAGCAAGGAAAGUGCCACACUGAAUUCAGAACCAAGUAGAGCUACAGGGCAUAAUGCACUUGUUGCAAAAACAUCUCCCAAAAAAAGAUACCUGAAAAGAACAGCACGAGACUGUUACAAAUCCCCAAAUCAGAGUAACAAUCAUCAUCAGAAGAAAGACUACAGAUCAUUUUCAGACAGAGAAGAUACCUUUUCAAACAAUGAAUGCAGGCAUGGUGUUCAAGAACAGCUGUCUCCCAGUGCCACCAUGAAUGGAGAAAAUCAGGCCAAGCAUAAGUGUGAUACUGUGCUAAAUAAUGAUGUUCAGAUUAGCUUGUCUUUAUUAGGAAAUCGUGUCUUGCUUCCUUCUCAGCCUGUGCUACAGGUGAAACAUUCAAGGGACAAAUACUGUAUAACAGAUUUUGCAGAAGAACUGGCAGAAACAGUUGUCUCUAUGGCAACAGAAAUAGCUGCCAUUUGUCUUGAAAAUUCAAAUGGAAAGCAACCCUGGUUCUGUGCAUGGAAGAGAGGCAAUGAACAUCUGGUGACCCAGAGUUUAUCAUGCAGAACCAUGAAACGGAAAAAGGAAACCCACGCUAAUGGCUCAGUUGUUCGGAAGCACAGGGCACCUAGACUUAGUGAGAUCAAAAGAAAAACAGAUGAGCAUCCCGAGCUAAAGGAAAGAUUGAUGAAUCGGGUAGUAGAUGAAUCUAUAAACCUUGAGGACACACCAGAUUCAGUCAAUAUCUUUGCAAAUGAAGUGGCUGCCAAGAUCAUGAACCUCACCGAACUUUCCAUGGUGGAUAGCAUCUGGCAAGGUCCAAACCACACCAGGAACAGGCUGCACUGUGAGCGAUGGACCCGAGCCAAGGCCUCAAGCUGUGAGAGCAUACCAGAGGAGGACUCAGAUUCCAAAACCUCUUUCAAUACCCUAGGCCUAAUGAACACCUUCGGUCAGCCUGUGAGUCAGACAAGUUCUGUCUCAAAGCAAUCUAGUUGUGAGAGCAUUACAGAUGAAUUUUCAAGAUUUAUGGUGAACCAGAUGGAAAAUGAAGGAAGAGGUUUUGAUCUAUUGCUGGACUACUAUGCAGGAAAAAAUGCAAACAACAUCUUAACUUCUGCUUUGCAGCAGGUAGCCAAGAAAAAUGGUCAUCUCAAUGUAAGACCAAGUUGCCCAUCCAAACAGUCCAGCACAGAAAGCAUAACAGAAGAAUUUUAUAGGUAUAUGCUAAGAGAAAUAGAAAAGGAAAAUAAAGAUAACAUAUCUUCUCCUCGGAAUUCAAAGGACUGGUGUGGCAGUUUGCUACCACCCUCUCUACGAUCACCUUUUUGCUUUAGGCAAUCAUCAGUGCCUGACAGCAGAUCAUCAGGCUCUAGGCUAACAGUUAAUGUCCCAGUUAAGGCAAAUUCUUUAGAUGGAUUUGCCCACCAUCACCAAGAUUCCUUAAGUGUACAGCCAGUCAGUACCGUGGCUUCUUCAGGUCUUUGCAAGUCUGAUUCAUGCCUGUACCAAAGAUGCAAGACCGACCAGAUAACAGAUAUGUUGAUUCAUGAGACAUGGGCAAGUUCCAUUGAAUCUCUAAUGCGCAAGAACAAAAUCAUAGCAGAUGAGGCAGAGGCUGCAGACACAGAUCAGUUCCACAGUGAUUCCCCACCGCAUGUGGAACAAUAUGCAAACAGACUGGCUGCAAAUAUUGUUGAAAGUGGCAAAAAUGUUACUGUUGUCCCGCAGGAUUCCUUUGAUUACACAAGUCGAGAACAUGUGCUGGAAAGCAAACAUCCUCAAAGCCCAACUCGGAUUCAGUCAAAACCUGAAAGGGAUGGAGUAAAUUUGGAUGAGAAAAAAGAGCAUAUGAAGAGUCCUGGAUGCCUCCCUGGAGGCCAGCACAGGGAAGUGCCUUUAAUUCAGAUAGAAACUGAUCAACGAGAUGAGCCAGAUAAAGACUUAGAGUCCUCAACUUCAUGUGGCCCAUCUGGAAAUGAGCAUCAAAGCAAAGAAAAUCCUGCAGAGGCUUUUGAUGUGAAACACACAGUUUCCAGUUCCCUACUAAAUAGCAACAGUCCACAGAGCAGACCAGAUGCUGAAAUCAUAGAGACAAAAACAGCUGAAGAAUUUCCAAACCACCUCAGCAGCAGUGAAGAAAGCACUGGCAGCUGGUCCCAGCUAGCUAACGAUGAGGACAAUCCUGACGACACAAGUAGCUACUUACAACUCAGCGAGCGAUCCCUGAGUGAAUUAGUAGAAGAAAAGGUUUUCCUUAAAGAACAGACAGAAAAUACAGAAGAAAGUACUUCUGGGCUUUCAGUGGGAACAGCUAAUUGUCAGAAGGACCUACUGGUAAUAAACUUUGAUCUGGAACCAGAGUGCCCUGAUGUGGAGCUGCGAGCCACCCUGCAGUGGAUAGCUGCUUCUGAACUUGGAAUUCCAACCAUCUAUUUUAAGAAAUCUCAGGAAAACAGAGUUGAAAAGUUUUUAGAUGUUGUGCAAUUAGUUCAAAGGAAGUCCUGGAAAGUGGGUGAUAUCUUUCAUGCCGUGGUGCAGUACUGCAAGCUCAGUGAGGAACGCAGAGAGAUGACACCAAGCCUGUUUGAUUGGCUUCUUGAAUUGGGUUAAGGAAGUUCACCAGUUCAGCAUUUUUGUUUUAUUCCAGUUUAAAUAAGCAGUGGUUUGUGUAAUGCUCAAAUUUCCAAACAUCACUUAAUAAAAUGAGCAAAGAUAUACAAAUACAGAAACACCACAUGUCCUUCCACAACUGAACAAGGAGCAAAGUGAAACCAAGGUGUAUUGUAUCUUUCUGUAUCAUGAAGGACUCUUGACAUAUUGUGCUAUAGGAUGUACUGUGUUAGGAGGGGAUGGAUUUUUAGCCUUCUAAUUAAUGGACUACACAGUGAAGGCUUAAUUAAGUAUCUAAUAUGUUCCAUUUUCAUCAGUUUGAUUAAAUCAGUCAGCUAAAAUGGGAUAGUACAUUAACAUUCAGUUUUAAAAUGCCAAUAUUUAUACAGUUUAACCAUAGUGUGUUCCAGGAUGCCUAGAGACACCUGUGUCCCUACCUUUUUUUUUUUUUUUUUUUUUUUUAAAAAAAUCCCCAUAGUCUGCUAAGGGGUAAAAACUUUUGGACACUUAACACCUUUGCAGUUAGACAACACAAUAAAAAGCUGCUGAAAACUCAGUUUCUUUCCAUGUGAUUAUUUCUCUUCCAUAGCUAUUCCUGAUUCCUGUCUUCUUCUCAAGGAAAUAAAAUCCAGACUCUCAAUUACUACCCUUAAAAAACUCAUUCCUUUUCACUUGGAGGCAGUGCAGUUCAGUACAGCUACACCUGGUAUAUCCCUGAACACAUCCCUGCAAGUCAGGGCAGCAGGUUUCUAAGACCUGUCCCACCACAGACCUGCCACAUGACCUUGGGCAAGUCAUUUCACCUCUGUGCCUCAGUGUCCCUACCUGGUAAGAGGGAGUAAUGAUAGUACAAUCGUUACGUAAAGUGCUUCUAUUUAAAGCACUAUGUAACAUGCUACAUAUCAGUUCAAAUCAGUGAAGAAAAAAAAAUACUAUUUUAGUUUAAUCAAAUA